AAUACUCAUUGGAUUGGGUGGACUGGAGGGAAAAUAAAUAAUACAACAUGGUGAAUGGUGUGGCGUAGUCGUGCGUGUUGAAUUUUUCUACAAUUUCGCCGGUUAGAUAUUGUCUAAAUGCAAAUAUAUAUAAAGUGUUAUUAUAAACAAACAAUAUAUAUAAAAACUUUAUUGUGGCAUUGGUGUUGGUGAGAUAAUUCACUUAAAACUGUAAAUUCUCGCGUAAUAAAUAUAUAAAACAGUUUUGCGAUGGAUUUUUAUUUUACUGUGCAGUGAAUAUUAUUUGAAACACAUCAAUAUGUCUUUAAAGAAAGAAUCUCGCACUGACGUGCAGUUCCACCUCGCGGCGCUGCGCGGAGACUGCGACAGGCUGAGACAACUGUUGGAUACCGGCAAAGUGCAUAUUGACUCUAGAGAUCGAGACGGCACCACGCCGCUGAUUCUGUCAGCAGCGAUGGGGCACACGGAGUGCGUGCAGGAGCUGCUUGCGCAGGGCGCGGACCCCGCCUGUUGCAGGACGACAGGAACGACGGCGCUAUUCUUCGCAGCUCAAGGCGGUUUCCUUGACAUCGCGAGGUUGCUGUUGGACGCCGGGGCAGCUAUAGAUGCGCCGUCUGCGGAUGGAGGAACUCCCUUAUUCGUGGCCUGUCAGUGUGGUCACUUACCGGUCGUUGAAGAGUUGAUACACAGAGGGGCCAAUGUGAAUUCCUGUAUGAAGGACAAAGCGACACCCCUGUUCAUAGCGGCCCAAAACGGGCACGAGGAGGUGUGCCUGGCGCUGCUGUCGGCGGGCGCCGCCGUGGACGCGGCGCGCCUCGACCGCGCCACGCCGCUGUGGAUCGCGGCGCAGUGCGGCCACCAGCGCGUCGCGCGCGCGCUGCUCGCCGCCGGCGCGCACGUCGACCGCGCGCGACAGGACGGCGCAACACCACUAUUCAAAGCGGCGCACAAAGGUCACGCGGCGGUGGUGCAGGAGCUGUUGAAGUACAAACCCGACUUGGGGUUGCUGCCGAACGGUCAGACGGCGCUGCACGGCGCGGCCAUGUUCGGGCAGCUCGCGUGCGUGCGGCUGCUGGCGCGCCGCUCGCCGCCGCUGCGCAACGCCGCCGGCCUCACCGCGCGCGCCGCCGCCGCCGCCGCCGGCCGCCGCGACGUCGUCGCCUACCUCGCCGGCCUGGCGCACCACCCCGCCCACCCCGCCGACCCGCCGCCCUCCUAGU